AAGCUUCUUGAUGCCACCAUCGAGGCCCUUCAAAUCGAAGAACAGCAAAUGACACAACGGUGCACAGAAGAAAAACAGAAAGUCCUGACUGCCAUUGAAAAUUGGAGAAGCUCAUUCAAAGCGAGCGACCCCUCUUUGGAUAUCGAGGCGGACCAAUUCGUCAUAUCGGCGAAAUCUUUUGCGGAUGACUUUUACUUCGAGUGCGCUGCAGAACGGACUUCUAAGCGGGUGGCGGAGGACAUCAAAAAAACUGCAAAGGCCGCAAAGAAAACCGAAAGAAUGGAGACGGAAUUUGCCGUAAACGAGCAAUCCAUCCAAGACAUGGUUCAGCGGGCAGUGCGACAGGAACUGCGUAAACAGAAGCCUGUCUCAUCUCCACCAACAAAAGAGACCUCCGUUUCCCGUAAGAGCUCUAGAAGCCGUAAAAGUGAUAGAUCCAACUCUAGAGGCCGUAAAAACGACAGAUCCAACUCUAGAGGCCGUAAAAAUGACAAAUCCAGCUCCAGAAACCGAAAUCUUAGCCAAGGUCGUAACCGAAGAAAUUCCACAUCUCCCGGCGAUAGCACACAAAACCAACGUAGCCGAUCAAAACAACGGAGACAGCGAAAACCACGCCGCGUUAGCUUCUCUGGAAACCAGUCUCCUGGAAGACAGUCAAAAAACGUGCGAGGUCGCGGAAACGGUGUCGUAAAAUAG